AUGCCUCCUCCCGCAAAACAACCCUCAUUGAUUCGCCCAAUCCCGCUCUCACCCUCAGCUAUCCCCGCCCACCCAUCCAUCGCCCUACCCCUAUCAUCCAAUGAUGGAACAACCAGAUCCCACCCUUCUCUCUCAGAAUUCAUCCACACCACUCUCACUCAGGCAUAUACAUUCAUAACAGACACCGUUCCCGGAAAGACAUUCACCGCAGAUCCCAAACUGCGGCACGCGCUCCACUCAACCGCGGAGGUGAAAUUGUUCAGUGGAGCUACCCAAUCCACAUCCAGGUCAAGCAAGAAGGAUGAUAAAUGGUUUGCUCGUAGAAGUGUCCAUCAAAAUUGUGCGGUGAAGGGAACUGCAUCCUACGAGGAAUUCGUGCAUGCUCUGAAGGAUAACCAUUUCGAGAACGAGUCGCAGUACGUGCAGAGCUUGAAGAGUGCAGAGACCAUUGCGGAGUGGGACUGUAGUGGACUGGAUAUCGAGGGAGGGUGGAGCGGCGUGACGGCCUGCGUUAAAGUGUCAAUCCACACCUUCGAACCGACAUCCCUCUUCUUUAACCGCGCAUUCCCAAUCAUAUACAUAAGCGCCUUCCUCCCCGCCAAGCUCCCAGCCGAACCAACAGGCUACAUAAACGUCCACCUCCCCAUCCAACCCGCUGCCAUCCCUGUCUUCUCGCUUCCAGAGAAUACCAUCCUCUCAAACUACGCCGCCGUCGAACUCGUCCAGACCAUUGCCCAGUCCACCCAGGUCGAGUGGACAAUGGCCACCAACUCCAGUGCCGGUGGCUGGAUCCCUGCCUUUGUGCAGCACAGCUGGACGUUGGGUGGCAUACCCAGGGCUAUUGUGAGGAAUGUGGGGCUUUUUAUGCAGUGGGUUGAUGGGAGAAGGGGGAUGAAGCCGACUGCUGGAGAGGAUACGGGCGCCGAAUGA